AAAGAAAGAAAAAAAUAGUCUCUAUAAUGUCAUAUAGAAAAAUCCGGAUAAAACCUCCUACAAGACUUCCUAAUGUAGAUCGCGAGCAGGAAUACGAGGAUGGCUUCAAACUUCUCAGCCAAGCCUACAUUGAAAUCUUUCGUAAAAAUGCAAAAAUACUUUCUUAUGAAGUCCUUUAUCGAACUGCAUACAACUUGACAUUUCAACAGUUUGGAGAAAAAUUGUAUUUUGGUGUGAAGGACGUGAUUGCGAACUAUCUUGAAGCAAAGGCUGAGGGAGCCAUCGUGCCCGCAUUCGUUAACACCUCGAGCACAAAAGAAAGCUCAGCAGCAGGUUCGGAUUCCAGUGCAAUGUUUAUGAACACAGUCAAGCUAGUGUGGGAUGAUUAUGUAACUGCCCUGACAAUGAUUCGAAUGACACUCAAGUACCUCGAUGAUAGACUGCCUAAAUAUAACCUACCUAAUGUCACUGAUAUGGGACUUGAUCUCUUCCGUGACAGGGUGAUUCGGUCAGAUAAAUACCCAAUCCAGGCACAACUUAUAGCUGCUAUGCUUAAUCAGAUCCAGUUGGAAAGGCACGGCGAUGUGAUUGAUCGAAGUGUAAUAAAGGCAGCCGUCAGCAUGCUGUCUGAACUCACAGACCCAACUACAAAAGAAAGUGUUUAUAUUGUUGAUUUCGAAAACAAAUAUCUCGAAACAAGUGCUGCAUUUUACCAGAUCGAAAGUGAAGUUCUCUCAACCUCUUACGAUGCUCCAGAAUUCAUGCGAAAAGUUGAGCGCAGACUUGAGGAGGAAUAUGAACGAACAAUACAUUGCUUGUCACUUGUUACUGAACCAAAGAUUCGCCACAUUGUCGAAACACACUUAAUCACAGAUAAUCUAAAAACUGUGAUAAAGAUGAAAAACUCUGGGUUGGAUAGCAUGCUAAAUGCUGAUAAAUAUGGAGACUUACUGCGCAUGUACAAGUUAUUUUCGCGCGUAUCAGCUGGCCUGAACGAAUUAAGGACAGCAAUGAUGGCUUAUAUCCUGCGUAUCGGUGCAGAAAUUAAUAGAAGUAUCGCUGCAGAUAUAGGAGAUAUGAAUAAGCCUAAAAGUGUAGCUGAGAAGAGUGCAGUUGGAGGGGCACAAGUAGCAAUUCGAUGGGUAGAACAAGUUUUGAAUCUUCAGGAAAAAUUCGAUCGAAUUCUUGAGUUUGCAGUCAACAAUGAUAAGUCUUUUCAGACAGUGUUUAAUGAGGCAUUCGAGAGCUUCAUUAAUGACAAUACCAAGUCGGCUGAAUUUAUCUCUCUAUUCAUCGACGAAAAUCUCAAAAAGGGCCUCAAGGGUAAAUCAGAGGAUGAAGUGGACGAUAUUCUUGGAAAGACAAUCACUCUUUUCCGCUUUCUACGCGAUAAAGAUGUAUUUGAGCGUUAUUAUAAACAGCAUCUUGCCAAGAGACUCUUGUUUAACCGCAGUGUAUCCGAUGAUGCCGAGAGAGGAAUGUUGGCUAAAUUAAAGAGAGAGUGUGGCUAUCAAUUUACGAACAAACUCGAGGGUAUGUUCAACGAUAUCAAGCUAUCUGCGGAAAUGGAUGUUCAAUUCAAAGACUUUUCCGACCGACAGCCUUUUGUAGAUGUUGGAGUCACUGUCCUGACCUCCACAUUCUGGCCUAUGAACAUAUCUUCGUCUCCUAAAUGUAAUAUGCCCCAAGUUAUUCUUGGUGCAUGUGAGUCAUUUGAGAAAUUUUAUUUUGAUCGACAUAGUGGCAGAAGACUGACAUGGCAACCUCAAAUGGGUACUGCUGAUAUCCGAGCUACUUUCAAGAGCUGCAGACCUAUGUUGAAUUUAUCUACCUUUGCUAUGAUUGUUCUUCUUCUGUUUAAUGAUAUUCAUGAAGAUAAUGGACUUUCAUUAGAGGAAAUCAAGGGGCAGACUCAAAUACCCGAAGCAGAGUUGAAGAGAACACUUCAAUCUUUGGCGUGUGCUAAAUAUAAAGUAUUAACAAGAAAUUCAAAAGGAAGAGAAAUCCACCCUGGAGACAUUUUUUAUUUCAAUACUAGUUUCUCAACCAAUCUUGCAAAAAUCAAGAUCCAGACAGUCGCUUCAAAGGUAGAGAGUGAAGGCGAACGAAAGAACACUCAGGACAAGGUCGAUGAAGAGAGAAAACAUCAGAUUGAAGCUGCUAUUGUACGAAUCAUGAAGGACAGAAAGUCAAUGGAGCACAAUCUGCUGAUUGCAGAAGUCACGAAGCAGCUUACCCCUAGGUUCUUACCUAACCCAGUCAUGAUAAAGAAGCGUGUGGAGGCGUUGAUUGAUCGCGAAUAUUUAGAACGUAGCUCUGAAGACAGACGAUCGUAUCGCUACCUUGCCUAAUAUUCUUCCUUUUUUGUUUCCAUUUUCUUCGUUUCUUUUUUUCCCCUUUAUAAAAUACAUAUGUUGACAGAUAUUUGCUUUACUUGAUAAAAUACAAAACCAAAAACAUACCAUGGGUUCCAUUCAAAUUUACCCUGAU